CGUUCUGACCCAUGACCAUUGGAGUAUAGUUGUAGGAAUAUUCAUUUCGGUGGGUAUUCUUUGCAGAGUGGACUGGAGAAUAAUUUGGUUGAUCUUGGGUGCAUCGUCUCAUCUGUUGAAUAGCUCUGUCUAUUUCUAAGGGAUUGCCUUCGUGUGCCCGUAUGGGAGGUGAUGCAAUGAUCAGCUGUACAUCUGAUGUAGAAAGUGUUGUAAUUUCGACUAAUGCCUGGUAUAAAGUGUAAAAGUUUUCAGGUUUAGGGUUCCUGUAUAUUGCGUGGAGUAUCAGAAAGACUCAACUCGACUCGACUCAACAGCAAAUGGAAAAGAAUAUCAGCUAAGUGUUGAUAAGAGGUAUCGGAACCAUACAAUGCAAUCGAAGUACGAUGAGGUUUAAUUGGAGUUUGAAUCUAUUCGUGUUAUUUUCCUUCUUAGCAUUUCGAUUAUCCUUAUGUGACGCUGUCGCUGAGAUAAAUAGCCAAUUGACCUUGAAUGGUACUUUCUCCAAAAAUGAACAAUCUGUUAAUUGUGCUGACACUUACACUCUCCCAAAGGACCAGCAAUGUCAGUUUGUGAAGGAACAUUGCAGUUCCAGUGAUCAUUUGGUGAGUAAGAUCAAUUACCUUCAAAUAUAUUAUUGUCAUUUCAAUUCAUUGCAUUUUAUUUCAAUGAUUCCCUUGGUAAUUGGAUUGAUUACUUGUUUCAUCAGUUUGGGUAUUACAGCGAGUGACUUUUUAUGUCCUAAUCUUUACACCAUCUCGAAGUUUUUGAAAUUGAGUGAUAAUUUGGCCGGUCUUACGUUAUUGGCUUUGGGAAAUGGUGCCCCUGAUGUUUUGAGUACUUAUAAAGCAAUUAACGUGGGCCUGACGGAUUUGGCAAUCUCUGAAUUAAUGGGCGCUUCAUUAUUCAUAACUACUGUUAUCAUCGGAUCAAUGGCCAUAAUUAAACCAUUUAGUGUUCCUAAUGAUCAAUUUAUCAGAGAUGUUAGUUUUUACCUCGGGGUUUGUGUUCUAGUGUUUAUUUCAAUCCUUUGGGGUAAGUUAACUCUCAUCAAUUGUAUCUUAUUAUUAUCAACAUAUAUCAUUUAUGUUGUUUUUGUCAUUUCAAAUCAUACUUUACAAAAAUUGAAAAUCAAAAAGCAAUUACUGAUUUUAAGAUCAAGAAGUAACUAUACCCCCAAUGUUUCGCAUAACAUUGAAGGUAUUGAUGACAUAUACCUCGAUAAUAUAGCGAGCUUACCAUCUAUAGAUGAAUUGGAUAAUUUUGACGUUCAUGACGUCGAAUUUGAUAAUUUCUUGAAAACUCACGAUCAUGAUGCAAAUACUGAACAUAUCCCAGUACAUACGGGUUCAUACGCUUUGAAAACCUUGGUGAAAGAAUUAUCAAAACAUGCCACUCAUCAUCAUAAACAGAUCUUGUUGGAUGAUAACCAUCAUAGACCUUUAACUGCCCCCGGUGGGUCGUCACGAUUUGCCGCCCAACAAUAUUCAGAUGAAGAUAUCUUCACUCCACACACACAACCUAAUCCUUAUAAUGAUGAUCCUAGUCAAUCCUUUGAGAUUCCAUCGCAAAACAACUCAUCCAGCUUAGCCCAUGUGGAUAACUCAACAGGAAAUUCAAAUGUCCUACAUUUAGUGAUUCGUUUCUGGAAACUAUUAACACCCGAUUUUGAUGAAUUUUUCGAAGCUGACUUUUUUAAUAAAUGUAAUUUCAUUUUAUGCUUCCCGGCAUCAGUUUUAUUGAAGUCCUGCACGCCAGUAAGAGAUCAAUUAUUAGUUCAUGCAUUCUAUUCUAAACCAGAAGAUGAAAGUGAAGAAGAUUUUGAUUUCCGGUCCGAUAAAUUACUUUUCUUAUUUCAAACUGUAAUAGCCGUCAAUUUCAUCAUUCUUAACAUUUGGGGCCUUUCAGUAUUAAACAUUUGCAUUUGUUUUGCCAUAUCGGGCGUAAGCUUUAUUGGUACAUAUUCAUUAUACAGAAUAAACCAACCUUCACAAAUCAUAAACUAUAUUGGUUCAGUGGUUGGUUUUAUAACUUCUAUCUCAUGGAUAUCAAUUUUUGCAACCGAAAUCAUUGGUAUCUUAAAGGCAUUUUCGGUGAUCUUCCACUUAAGUGAUUCCAUAUUGGGGAUUACAGUGUUUGCAUUAGGUAAUUCGGUAGGUGAUUUGAUUUCCAAUUUAACUAUAACCAAAAUGGGAAUGCCUAUUAUGGCGUUCGGUGCAUGUUUUGGGGGGCCAUUACUCUCGCUUUGUUCAUUAGGUUUAAUUGGAAUUAUCAUAUUAAGUAAUGAUGGGACAAUUACAAUUGGAAAUCUGAAAACACUAACAGUAACCAGUGGAGCACUUGUAAUUAAUGUUUUAAUAAUUUUAAUAAGUGUUCCCAGAAAUAGUUGGAUGUUAGAUCGCAAAAUCGGCUCCUUACUAAUUGUUAACUGGGUUUUAUCUACAGCUAUUUGUAUAAUAUUAGAAUUAAUAUAA